UCUCGAUCCCCUCAGCGGCCGGGGCGGUGCCGGUGCCGAGGCAGAGGCCGCCCGCCCGCCUGCCCGCCCGGCCAAUGGGAACGGCGGUUGUUGGCGGGCCGGGCGGUGGCGGCGUUGCCACAGCAGCGGCGGUCGGAAACCGAGCCCAGCCCGAGCCGGCGGUGGGGGCGCGCCAUGGAGGGGAUGGAAGGUGAGGUUGCAGUGCAAACUGGAGAUCUGUUGCCAUGCAAGAUUUGUGGAAGAACUUUCUUUCCAGCAGCGCUGAAAAAGCAUGGACCCAUUUGCCAAAAAACUUCUGCCAAGAAAAGGAAGACAUUCGAUUCCAGCCGACAGAGAGCAGAAGGAACUGACAUUCCCACAGUAAAACCUCUUAAGCCACGGCCAGAACCACCCAAAAAACCUUCUAACUGGAGACGAAAGCAUGAGGAAUUUAUAGCAACUAUACGAGCAGCCAAAGGACUCAAUCUCAAAGAUGGUGGAAAACUUCCUCCACCACCUCCACCAUCAUAUGACCCCGAUUACAUUCAGUGUCCAUACUGUCAGAGGAGAUUUAAUGAAAAUGCAGCUGACAGGCACAUCAAUUUCUGUAAGGAGCAAGCUGCACGUAUUACCAAUAAGGGGAAAUUGGCAGCUGAUACCAAAGGGAAGCUUCCUGCUCGAACUCAGUACAAACCUGCUCCAGUUAAGAAGAUGCCUUCUGUAGGAUCAACACCAUCACCAUCGUCACGCUUACCACAGCCAAGUGGUGUUAGCAAAACUGUUGUAGGUGUCUCUUCAAGUAAAGCACUGUCUUCAUCUGGAUCCAGUGGGAGCAAAAUUCAGACAUUAUCACCAGGUCAUAAAAACUCACCGGGAGCGGUGAACCCACAGGCAGGAGGCACAACAAAAACCCGGACAUCAACCCCUCCUGGUGUGGCAAGAGCCAUGAGCACGGGUGCUUUGACAAACAGAAGGAAAACUAGCAAUUCAGACAUUCACUUAAGGUCUGAUGGGAAAACUGGGUAUGACAAUGGAGACUGCGCAUCCUCAGUGAAUGGAGGAAGUGCAAAAAGCAGUGAAGGAAUUUCACCUGUACAGUUAUCCAAGUUCUGCCAUGAAUGUGGAACGAAGUAUCCAGUGGAAUGGGCAAAGUUCUGCUGUGAGUGUGGAAUUCGAAGAAUGGCUGUGUGAACACAUUCUUUAAAGCAGAAACAAGGAAUUGGAACAUCUGCUAUGUACUGUGCAUGGAAAGCUUGAGUACUCCAUCCAGUUAGACUUCAUGCUGAAAAAGUCAAAACAUCACUUUGUAAUUUUCUGAGUGCAAUCUUCUGGUUACAAAGUUAUUUAUAAACAAUGAUAUAUACUGUAUAUAAAAUAGCAGCUACCUAAAACUGUGCCAUUCAAGGAAAUACUCUUUACUCUUUGUUGAAAAUAUUUAAAAGUAAGGUAAAAAUGCUUUAAAUAACCUAGGUAGCAGAAGAGGUUCAAUGCUAUUUUUCUUUGUAAAUCCUACUAGGCAAAGGAUUUUUUAAAUCUCUUAUGUAGGGUAAUGCUUACCUAUGGGGAACUAGCCAUGAAAAACUUGGGCUUCAAAAGUUUCUCUGUGGAGGCAUUUCUUUCAUCUAUGACAAUAACUUAGAUGCUGUGUUCUAAGUGAAAACAACAUGAGGAACUCCUUAUAAAUUCCUAGAUAAAAGUGUAAAAAGUUUAGAUCUUUAAACUCUUUAACAGUAAUAUGCUAAUUGGACUUUCCAGUUGCUUCCUAGGAUUUUUUAAAGAAUCAAAGUGGAAAGACUACCUGAGAAUUCCCUUUGCAUCUAAGAAGAAAGGCAAGAUUUUCUUUUUGUGGCUUUCCAUGUUCUGUUUUUCAGUAAAAAUGUGUUAAUAUUUUUAUGUAUUUAUAAGGAA